AAAAAAGAUAAUCGUGCAUAAGAAACGCAUACAAGACUUGCUUAUCGUAAGCGUUCCGUGAAUUCUAUGACGCAUACUUAUUAUACACAGAUAGUAAAUGCUUUGACAAAAUAGAGACACAUUAUUCAUUUCUGUACUUCGGUCGUGUUAGAAGUUUGUUUUAUUUCUUCUUGCGAUUAUGGAUACAGCGUUUCGGGAGAAUAGAGAAAUGUCAGAGAAUAAAGAAGAGUUGGUGGUGAAAAAUAUUGUGUUUGUUGGUGAUGGGGCUGUGGGAAAGACAAGUAUUUUGUAUGCAUACAGUAACCAAGGUGAAUUUCGUAUAUCAUAUGUGCCAACGAUAUUUGAUCGCGACGAAACUGAACUCACAUUGGACAAUGUGAAACAUUUGGUAAAACUUCAUGAUACUGCGGGCCAGGAGGACUUCGAACGACUACGGAAAAUCGUUUACAAAGAAGCCGAUUGUUUUGUGCUUUGUUACAGUAUAUCCGAUCGAAAAUCAUUCAACAAUAUCUCAAACAAAUGGGAACCUGAACUACGUCCCUAUAAAAAACCAAUUGUACUUGUUGGCACAAAAAGUGACUUAACCGUUGGCAUAAAUAUUGUUCAAGAGGAAGAAGGUGAACGACUCAAGAGAAAGAUAAAUGCCAAUCAAUUUCUCGAAUGUUCGUCCAAACACAAUGAAAACAUCAAUGAAGUCAUUUAUGAGGCGAUUCGUGCUGCCGUCGUCGGUCCACCAGAACCACCCGAAACGAGCUGCUGUACAUCAAUAUUGAAAUGGUUUCGAUGCUUUAAUGACGAAUGAUAUUUUAAACGAUAAUAAAUAUUAAUAAAAUUUUUACUUGAAUUGGA